GGGCGGCGGCCUGAGCUCGGUCCACAUCCCGGUGCUGCUCCUCCACAGCCCGGCUCCCGGCUCCUCUGCUCCCCCGCUGCUGAGCCUCCCGGAGCGGACCAUGUCAGGAUGUACAGGGGGGUGAGGAGCACCAGAGGUCAGAGAGCCGGAUCCAUGCUCCUGUCCGUCAUCAAGUAGACCCCAGCGGACCCCCGCCAGAGCCCCCAAACAGCCCGCUCCUCCUCGCAGGAUCCCCGGCAGGACUCGGCUCGGGUCCCCGGUCUCUUCCAGAGCCUCAGGAUGAGGAAGCCUAAAGUCCUCCGCAUGGUGUUCGCCCUGUCCCUGGGUUGUUUCAUCAUGGUGGUCGUCUACUUCAACAGCAACCUCAAGACAGCCUCAGAGCCAGUCGGUGAGAGAAGCAGUGGGCAGAAGUCGAGGAGAAGUCCUCUGCAGACGCUGUACGAUGGUGACCAGAUUGAAUCAGCGGUACAGGGAAUCCAUCAUGGCCGGCGGGAGCUGUUAGAGGAAGGCUGCAGCUCCUACACCCGUAAACGCAGGGUCCUCAUCCCAGAGGAUCUGAAGCAUGUCAUUGUUGAUGACCAGCAUGGCUUGCUUUACUGCUACGUGCCCAAAGUGGCCUGCACCAACUGGAAGCGGGUGCUCAUGGUUCUGACAGGUGUGGCGGGGUCCCACAGAGAUCCCCUGGCCAUCCCUGCCAACGAGGCCCACGUGCCAGGAAACCUCCGCACCCUGUCGGAGUACUCCACCUCCCAGAUUAACCAGCGCCUGCGCACCUACCUGAAGUUCGUCUUCGUCCGGGAGCCCUUCGAGCGGCUGGUGUCUGCCUACCGCAACAAAUUCACACGGAGCUACAACACAGCUUUUCAUAAACGAUACGGCACAAAGAUAGUGCGGCGGCACAGGCCAGACCCGCAGCCGGAGGCUCUGGAGAGAGGAAAUGACGUCUCGUUCGAGGAGUUUGUGUAUUAUCUCGUGGACCCAGCCACCCAGAGGGAGGAGCCCUUCAAUGAGCACUGGGAGCGGGUGCACUCUCUGUGCCACCCCUGCCUCAUCCACUAUGACGUGGUGGGGAAAUACGAGACGCUGGAGCAGGACUCCCGCUACGUGCUGCAGCUGGCUGGGGUGGAGGACCAGGUCAGCUUCCCCACCUCGUCCAAGAGCACCAGGACUACAGGAGACAUGGCCGCCCAGUUCUUCAAGAACAUCAGCCCUUUUUACCAGAAGAAACUGUACAACCUCUUUCGUAUGGACUUCCUGCUCUUCAACUACACAGUACCAGCCUACCUCAAGUUCAGAUGAGGCCGGAGCGUCACUCGAACACAAGGUUCAAUCGGAAUGUGUGGAGCAUUUAAAUGUACAGUUUGUUUUUGAGAUUUUUUCUCAUCACUGACACUGUAAAUACUGUUUUGGAAGAAAGAUGCACCAUAAAAAGUGAGAGCUUAUGUCACGAAAAGAACAUCCAGCUGAAAAACUUGUGCAAGCAGAGGAUCAGAGUAGGAGAGGACCUUCCAUCACAAGAGGAACGUUUCUGCCUGAUGAAGCCACAUCUUUUUUACCAUAAACAUUGAUUGAGUGGAUGUUGCUCUGAGUCUCUGAAUGUGUGAAACACCCUUCAUAUUUGGUUACAUUUUACUUUCCUUGUCUGCUGUUCCCAAUGUGUAAUUCGCACAACAAAUGUAUAAUAUCUACAAGAUGCAGUAACAUUAUGAAAGUAUUAAAACCACACAUGAACAGUGAAUGUCUCAGAACGUACGUGCCUUUAAUUGCAGGUCUUAUUUUGACUCCAGCAGACAACUUUUGUAACUGUGACUUUUUUGUGACUGUGAUACUGUUUUUAUUUAUUGUUACUUGUGACUCUACAAAGUCCUCCAAACCAAAAUAGAUUAUAUGGUUCUCUCACGAUUUCCAAAUAAAUGCAUUUCAGCAAGAA